CUUGAAAAUACGAUCGGACGCCUGUAAAUGAACAAGACAAACAACACUUUGGUCUUUGCACACGCAAGCGAGAACGACCCUUCUCGAAGAUGUGCCCAUUUUAGUAAUUUAACAAAAGUUUGUCCAGUUUCAAUCAAAGAUAAGAGGAGAUAAAGAGUUGAAAGAUCGAACACCAACCAACCAGUCAACUGUUUAAGCUUCACUGUCUCUGAAUCGGCAAAAGGUUAUAGAAGAAAAUGGCAGCAUCAACAGGAGGAGGUAAAGCCAAGUACAUCAUCGGUGCUCUCAUCGGCUCUUUCGGAAUCUCAUACCUCUUUGACAAAGUUAUCUCUGACAAUAAGAUCUUUGGAGGGAGUACCCCAGGAACGGUCUCUAACAAGGAAUGGUGGAAGGCGACAGAUGAGAAGUUCCAAGCUUGGCCUAGAACCGCUGGCCCUCCCGUCGUCAUGAAUCCCAUUAGCCGUCAGAAUUUCAUCGUCAAGUCUCGUCCAGAAUAAGGGAUAAAAGGAUGUAUCAAUGCUUUUGGUUGUAAGCCUACAAUGAAUGAGAAUAAUGAUGCUUCUAGAACUUGUACUAAAUAAUAUUACAACACCGUUUGUGGAACUAACUCCACAGUCUAAAGAAAACUGAUGCAAAAGUC